GAGGACCGGUGGCAGACGCAUGAUGCUCCCGCACAGCUUGGAGAUGGAGCCCCCGGCCCGUACGCUGAACGUCCACGUCACGCGUGUCUGUCCGUGCUGUCGGGUGUCUCCUGUGGGACAGCCGGGUCAUCCGGCACAACAGAAAUGGUAUACGAUCGAGCAAAGAGAAAUUUGUGAUAAUGAUAGCGAUUCGGCGAUAUGGAGACCCUGGGUUCUGACCAGCCGAGAUGUUCAACUGCGUCACGGAAAGUCUGAUUCUGGAAGUCUGAACUCUCUCAAGAAACCGACCUCAAAAGGCGCGUUCGGAUUUCAACACCCGGUCAGACUCUACAUGCCCAGGUCAAAGACCCAGGAGUACCUGCGCCACAUGGGAGAAAAAGUACUGUCCAGCUUUCCUGUCCAGGCCACCAUCCACUUCUACAAUGACGACACGGAGUCCGAGGAGGAGGAGGAGGAGGAAGAGGAGUACGAGGCCGGAGCGACUGAGCUGACGGGGCUCGGCCCAGGCGAUGGUGGCACCAUGCUCUGAUGACUGCCACGCCUGGCGAGGACAGGAUGUCAGGACGGGAAGACACCCGCUGUUUUGGAAACAGAACUUAAUGAACAGAGGAGAAGGGGGGCACGGGGUCACAGGCUGUGCCGCAGGAAGGGUCACCUCAGACAGCAACAGGAAACCAAAAUGGGGAAGGUCGCUCCGAGCUGCUGACUACGCAGAAUCGAUACCCUUUAUAUGGAGGGCUUGUAAACUGACCUUUAAACUCAAUAAAACGAAAACCCAACUUAAGAAUAAUUGCAUUUCAGAGCAGCACUAUAUCAGCAAUUAUUUGAUCGUUUCCUAUGGUUUUGAGGUGUUGAUAUACACAAUAGUGAACACAUUCUUUCUCAUGUGCUGAUACAUCACCCUGGACUUUCCAGGUUUUUUUCCGGGUGUAUUUUUUGCUGUGGUCUUGGAUGCUGUAGAGGAAAUUUCACUGAGAAUUUCAUUCACAGUUUGAUACUUGCAAGAUGAGAACUAUUUCAAGAAACUUUACAAUACCCAGUACUACUAGAUGUGCUAUAACUGGUCUAUUUCAAUCUUAAUAUUAUUCACAGGCAAACUUCAACAUUGUUUACAUAUACAGUGUAAAUAUAUAAAGUUUUGAUGAAAAUGUAUUAUGCCCUGUUUUUAUUUUUAAAUAAACUGUACAGUUUUGUAUCUUA